GUCUCCCGUUGAUCUUCCAACUCUCAAGGAACUCUUAAGUCUUUAUUAUGGCGAAUGCUUCAGCUAAAAGAACUACAGCUUCUCAAAAUGCCGCAACGAUCAAAAGCUUACGAAUUGGACUUAUCCUAGUUUGUGUACUCUCCUUGCUGUUUCGCUUCCUGCUCCGUUGUGGCACUCUUUCACCGAGACGAUUUUCGUUCUGGAUAUAUGUGUUCUCAAUGGUCCCCUCGGUCUUCCUAUCGCAAUACCUUAUCAGGAUCGGUUCUCCAAGGCAUGACCCAACAACUGGAACAUUAAUUUCCGCCGGUGAGGAUUUGAGCAGGCCGGGAAUAAUCGAAUGGUGCUUUGAUGUCGUUUAUAUCACUUGGGUCUGUCAAAUAGGAAGCGGCGCAUUUGGUCAAUGGUUCUGGUGGUUAUACUCCAUCAUUCCAGCCUAUGCCAUGUAUAAACUAUGGAACUCGGCUUUAUCUCCACUUCUCCUUGGACGCUCUGCUUCUGCUGACACCACUGAGGAAGGUGACGGGAAACAACCUCUUAGCAAGAGGCAAGAGAAGCUUCGCAAACGAGGAGAGCGUGGAGAUCCUCGUAUACGAGCGCAGCCGCUUCACUAGCACUGCCAGCCCAACGUUCGGUGAUGGAAUAUUUCAUCAUUACCUGAUGAUUUAAACUUCAGUUACAGCGGCUGCUUUAUCUGGACCACUUCUGACCGCUUGUAUACCUAGAUUUGUAUGUACCUUGGUCCGAUGCCGGCGCUAUACAUAUCAUGACUAUUGGGACUC